AUGGUGUUCCCACUAUGGCGAGUGCGCCCCUCGCAUCUAUACCUGCGUUGUAGCGGCAUCCACGCUCGCCGAUGCCUGUCUACACCCAGAUCCACGCUCAGUCCUCCGACCGUAAAUCUCUUGGGCGCGGAAUAUCCUACAGAUACCACCACUAAUGUCACGUCCUCCAUCUCGUCAAAACUCGGCCGUAAUCUGCACCUCCAGUCUGCGCACCCGCUUGGCAUCCUCCGACACCUCGUCGAGUCCCAUUUCCACGACUUCACAGCUUUCUCGCAGUUCUCUCCGCUCGUCACCCCGGCAAAGAACUUCGACGACCUCGGCUUCCCGCUCGACCACCCUGGGCGCUCUCUGACGGAUAGCUACUAUGUCAACCGUGACCUGAUGCUUCGCACGCACACGUCCGCGCACGAGGUGGAGGUCUUCGCGCAGGGCGUGCGCGCGUGGUUACUCUCCGCCGACGUGUAUCGCCGUGAUGAGAUCGACGCGUCGCACUACCCCGUUUUCCACCAGAUGGAGGGCGCGCGCGUUUUCUCAGGAAACGCGAACAGCAUGCGGGACCUGGAGGAGGAGAACGAGAACCUCUCCGCGCACCUCGCGCAGAAGAACAUUGUCAUCGAGGACGUCCCCCAUGUCUCGGAGACGAACCCUCCACAAGCCGGGCACGACCCACGACAUUCGGAGCUCGUCGCGCGCAACCUGAAGCUGUCUCUGAACAGUCUUAUACUCGCGCUCUUCGGCGGACGCGUCGGUGCGAGCGAGGCGAACCCGCUGCGCGUGCGCUGGAUCGAGGCUUACUUCCCGUUCACGUCUCCGAGCUUCGAGGUUGAGGUGUUCUUCCAUGGCAAGUGGCUCGAGAUCCUUGGUUGUGGUGUGGUCCAGCAGAGGACCCUUAUCUCUGCAAGCGUGCAGGACAGCAUUUCUUGGGCAUUCGGGCUUGGACUCGAACGCAUCGCUAUGAUUCUCUAUUCAAUACCUGAUAUCAGGCUAUUCUGGUCGCAGGACCCGCGGUUCCUCACUCAGUUUACUCCGGGCCAAAUUCAUCCUUUCAAGCCUUACUCGAAGUACCCGCCAUGUCAUAAAGACGUUGCCUUCUGGUUGCCCGACAGCGGCUUACACGAGAACGACUUCUGUGACCUCGUCCGGGAUGCUGCUGGUGAUCUUGUAGAGGACGUAAAAUUAAUCGACAAGUUCACGCAUCCCAAGACCAACCGGACAAGUCAGUGCUAUCGCAUCAAUUAUAGAUCUAUGGAUAGAUCUUUGACAAACGAAGAAGCGAACGCGAUACACGCUAGUGUAGAAUCGCGCCUGAAAAGUAAUUUUGGAGUGGAGAUUCGUUAA